UCCGCAAAGAGAGAGUACUAUUUUAUUUAGUUUUAAGAUAAAAAGUAAAAUGAAAACUUGUCAACAGUUUUUUAUUUUUUAAAUUUUACGUUUUCUCCUGUAAAAUAGUUUCGAAAUAGUUGUUUUUUGAUUUUAAGUGCCGUUUUAGAAAUUUAAGUAACUAACAAACAAAAUAUCCAACCAUGGACAUCCUGGAUAUUGAUGAGGCCCUAAAGGACGAUUCCUUUAUAUUUCUCGAGGACAAAACCCACGAUGAUGUCUCGAAUAUUUUGCAACAAUGGAGAAAUAACAAUUGCUCGAAUAGUCAUAGUUCGUCGGCGGAACAAGCAUUCAAACUGAAUACAAGAACAUUCACACGACCCAAGAGGAAAACAGCUCAAAACUUGGAAACUCUGUUUAAUCCUCUAACGCAGUCACAAAAUGCCACCCAAAGUCAACCAAAUUCACAGCUACCGCAGCAGCAGCAACCACAAACGCCUCUGAAUGUGAAUCUCGAAAUUGGUGGUCUAGUGACGAAUAUGCAAAAGAGCUUCCUGCAAGAUACCUCACCUCCCUCGUCGAUAUGUUCCUCCAUGGACGUGUCACUGUAUGGCAUGAACAGCAGUCUGAUAACGUCCAGUGACUUUUUGUCAAAUAAUUUGCUUCAAUCAAUCCAAGGCGAUGUCCCGAUGUCGGGUUUGUUCUUCGAUGGUGAGAAGACUGCCGAACAAAUUGGCGGCUACACUCUCAACGAUAUGAUCCGCGAUCGAAAAGCCCUCGAGUCGCUGUCUCUGUCGGCCGAGGGGACUCUGAUAAAAGACUCGAAUAUUGCUCAAAUAGAUGAUAUUUCAUUGAUAAAUAGUAAAACGACUUCAGCCUGCAGCACAAUGAAUAAUUCGGUGGAUAGUACGGGUGGUGCUGGUUCGGAUACGUUUUCCAGUCGAACGUGCAAUAUUGCUGAGAGAGAGAGGGAGCAGCAGCGAGAACGAGAGAAGGAGCAACAGGAGAGCUUGCCAGAGAAAUCAUUCGACCAGAAGUUGAUUUUCAACGAGACAUUUCCCAGUGGGAAAGAGCAAAUUGUUCCGAAUGGCGAUGAUGACUACAUCGGGGACACCACAUUCAAUUUGGUGGACAGCAGUAUUGUGACGACGACUACGGUGCAGCCAGUUGUGGGGUCGGCGGAGAUGAAAGCCUUCAUUGACCUGCAAAAUGAGACAUUUCAGAAGCCAAUUAUGGAAGAGACUGUGUGCUUGAAGCGUUUCAGCAUUGCCGAUGGCGUGAACACCACUUUCGACUGCAGUGAGCAAAAUCUCCUAUGUGAAACUCCCGAGAACAAUCUGAAGAACGGGAAGCACUAUGAACAGUCGACUCCCCAUCAGAAUUCAUCGUUCACCUCGAUGCGGCAAAAGCCAUCUUUUACGCCCUCCAUCGAGGUGAAUAUUUCUCCCAUUGUAGGCUACUCAACGACGCCGAACAGAACCUUAAAUGAGACUUACGAGAAGCCGGUUAGCAUUGCCACGAACAUCCUCAAGGAGCGAAUACAGAAUGAAACGUUCUCUGAGCCACAAGCGUUGCUGCCACCACGGUUGCCGUGCAACGAUGAUGUCAAUAAUGCCAUUGAAACCAUGGAACUGUUGGAGAACAUCAAUCCAAAUGAGACGUUCAACAAGUGUAUUCCGUUUAGCAAGAGCAUUCCUGGCGGAACACCAGCAGUAGACACGGCGGACGAGGAGGCGUUCAAUAAUCUGCUGGACAACUUGGGCAAGCUCGAACUGAAUGAGGAGCAGAUAAAAAUGCAAAAAUCCCUAGAAACCAUUAAGAAGAGAUUCAGCACUGCUCUGGAUAAAUCAGAGGCUAAGGAGACAUCGCAAAUUUGUAGCCCCGAAACACCACUCAGCUUUUCGAUGAACAGCAGUGGAAUCGGUGAUCGUUUGCUUAGUCGUCGGAGUCGCCUCUACGACGGUGUCAACAUUGCCCAACCACAGAAAAAUUCACCAAGUGGUUCGGUAAAUUCGAAUUCAUUUGUAAAAGAGACUGAAGGAGGAAUAGAAUCAGAAGAAACUCAUAAAAAGACUGACGAACAGCACUGCACCGAACAAUUGUCAAAUAAUCCAAAUGCACCCCCUCAAGAUGAUAAAGUACCACGCAAUAGUAGUAAAUUGGAGAAACGGGAUCGCGAUCGAUUCCGAACUAUACGAAUAUUCAAACGUACUGAAAACGGAACUAGUGAACUGAAUGUGCCUUGUAUUGAUGGAGACAAUGAACACUUGCCCUCGACAGAGGAAGAAGAUGAAACCCCACAAACAGCGGUGUCAGCGACGACGACGGCAGCGGAUAGAGCUCCAAUGGAGAGAAUCUCACGAAGAGAUAUUACUCCACCGGUGGCUUAUAACAACAAUAACAACAACAAGACGGAAACAGAAAGCAAUAACUACGCGACAUUUAAGAAACCCAAAGCAAAAAUGUCCCGCUACGGUGGUGGAGGUUUUGGUAUGAACGGCGAUCAGCUGAAUAGGCCUGUGAUUGCCCCUCCUCCACCAGCAGCAACGGCGAUAGAGAAACCAACAGAGCAACAAAGAUCUCUGUCACGACCUCGAUACAUAAGUGGUCUUCAGAAAUUCAGUGCAAGUAGUAAGGCAAUCUCAGCGGGAGACCUUGAGAAGGCGACAGAGCAACAGAACUCAAAGUGUAAUGGGGACGUUUUUAAUAAGACUCAGCCUGCGUCGGGCGGCGCUGAGUUAAAGAGUCCCAUGGGCAUCAAAUCUAAAUCAUUUCAUAAUUUAUCAAGUAAUUUUGGUUAUGCAAAAAAUCCUGCUCCUGCGGUAAUGGCAGCGCCAGCAGCAGCUGGAGUAAGGAAAUCUACAACGGCGGGGAGUGUUUUAACUGAUAAACAGGGCAAGUUUAAUAACACAACGAAAACGACGAUACGAAUGAAUGCUGUUCCGGGAUCAAAUCUGAAGCAACCGGUUUCUAAAAAUGAGAAAUCUGAUGAUUCAGUAUUCAAAACACCAAGUCUAGUGUCUGGCUUACGCGCACCGUCAGCCAAACGAACUGGACUCUUACGCCCAUCAUCGGGCUAUUAUAGUUUUGGUGUGGUAAAGGGUGAAGCCGCGACGACGAACGCUGCGGAUACAGACGCUGGGAGACAUUCACCAACCGAUAGUAUGUCUUCAGCAAGCUCCCGCGGCAGUUCGAAUGGCAAACUCUUUCCAAACGGAAGUUCAACACAGACCCAUGAGCCUUCCUCAAUGCCACCAUCUACUCCACUUUCGUCACUCCAACAGCCAGCAGCGACAACCAAAUCAACUGGCAUCCCCAAACCCUCCGGUCUGCGACCACCUUCCAGCAUAAAAAGAAGUGGCCUUCCGCGACCGUCGAGUAUUGUUAGACGAUAGUAAUAGUUUUGGGGAUAGAAAUAUAUUUAAAUAAAACAAAAAACUCCUUUGAGGAUCUAUUCAAAUAUUUAUUUAAGAAUGAACAAAAACAAAUGUUGUUUCAAUAUUUAAACAAAAGAAUAUUUUUUUGUAAACAAAAUAGAACGUUCUUACAUAAAAACAAACAAACUACAACCUAAAAAGAAAAAAACUGAAGUUUUGUGUAAAAAAUUAAAAAUGUAUUAAUUUUUGUAUUCUUUUUUUUAUAAACAAAAAGAGAAUCACGCCUUAAAUGAU